AUGUCCGUCUUCGUCUCUGGUGCAACUGGUUUCAUUGCCCAACACAUUGUUGGUCAAUUAUUAGAUCAAAAUUAUAAGGUUAUCGGUUCUGCUAGAUCUCAAGCUAAAAUAGAUGAAUUGCAAAAGAAGUUUGGUAGCAACCCAAAUCUUUCCAUGGUCAUUGUUCCAGAUAUUAGUAAGUUGGAUGCCUUCGAUGAAACAUUCAAGAUUCAUGGUAAAGAUAUUAAGUAUGUUCUACACACUGCUUCACCAUUCAAAUUCGAUGUCACCGAUUUUGAAAAGGAUCUAUUGAUUCCAGCAAGAAACGGUACUUUGGGUAUCUUAGAAGCUAUUAAGGAAUAUGCAGCUGAUACAGUUGAAAGGUUUGUUAUUACCUCAAGUUUCGCUGCUAUCUUUGAUUUGGCCCGUCUUGAUGAUGAUAACCUUACUUUCACUGAAGAUUCAUGGAAUCCUGAUGAUUGGAAUAGUUGUCAAAGAGAUGGUGGAUCUGCCUACUGUGGUUCUAAGAAAAUUGCUGAAGAAACUGCAUGGAAUUUCUACAAUGAAAACAAGGAUAAAGUGAAGUUUAAGAUGACUGCUGUUAACCCUGUCUACGUAUUUGGCCCUCAAAGAUUUGACGCUGAUGUUAGCAAAACUUUAAAUACAUCUUGUGAAUUUAUCAAUUCAGCAUUACAUUCUACUCCAGACAAGCUACCACAACCUUUUGCUGGUGGUUACAUUGAUGUUCGUGACGUUGCUAAAGCUCAUUUAUAUGCUUUCCAAAAGGAAAACACAAUUGGUCAAAGAUUGAUCAUGUCCGAAGGUAGAUUUAGCACCCAAGAUAUUUUGAAUUACUUAAAUGCUGAUUUCCCUGUUUUGAAAGGUUCUAUCCCAGUUGGUAACCCAAGUGAGGCUUUGGAAAAUAGUACAGCUGGUGCCAAGACUGAUAACCAUAAGACUAAGGAAAUUUUAGGUUACAAGUUUAUCGGUUUAAAGCAAACUAUUGAUGAGACAGCAGCUCAAAUUCUAAAACAAGAAGGUAGAUCGUAA